AGAACGAAGCUUGUUUUGCGUCCGAUCCAUCCCUCCGAUCGCCAGGAAAUUCAAACUUUACAUGAAACAUGGUUCCCGGUCCGGUAUCAGGACGACUUUUACGAGGAGCUGGUCAAUCAUCGAAUGGUCAAUACAGGGAAUUCCUUGUUCACCAGUUGCUGCGUCUUGCAGCAUUCGGACUUGGAAGCGUGCGGGAAGGAAGAGAUUGCUGCCUGCGUGGUUGGUGCUUUUGUAAACCGUACCAAGCUAUCGGACGAAUUGCAAUCUUUGCUCAUUUCAAACCCAGAGCGCUACACGCAACUAUUUUACAUUAUGACUUUGGGUACGGUCACGCACUAUCGGCAAUCUGGUUUGGGUACCACCAUGAUACAACGAUGCAUCGAGGAAGUAGAACGACAUCCCGAAUGCGGUGUUCUAUAUCUUCAUGUGAUUACUUUUAACGAACCAGCCAUUCGCUUUUACGAGAAACUUGGUUUCUACCGCGUUCAAGAAAUACCCGACUACUACACAAUUGACGAUGUCAACCAUAGCUGCUACCUGUAUGCGCGAUAUUUUAAUGGUAUGCAAAAAUGUUGU